AUGCCUUACAUACGGACUGUUUGGUUCGUGGUCGCCGCUUUCUUAUUAGCGGUAUCUCAGGCACAAUGGGUUCGACGCACCCAAUGCGCCGUAUGUCCUGCAAAUACAAACAUUCGCUACGACUCAUGCGCUUCAGCACUUGAAGACUUGAGCAUUUUAUUACAAUUAAUUAAAACAAUUGAUGACAAAGAGCCAUGUCAGCAGAAUAGUGGAAUAAGUGAUGAGAUAAUCAUGAAAUUAGUCAACGCUUUAGUGUACACAGCUACACAGAACUGUGGUGCAGGCCAUAAUCAUCACGGCGGUGGAAGCGGUUAUAUAGAGGGUGGUAUAUCAGGAGGCAUAGUAGGAGGUAUAGGCGGUGGGUUAGGUGGUGGCCUAGGAGGAGGUUUAGGUGGCGGUCUAGGAGGAGGUUUAGGUGGCGGUCUAGGAGGAGGUUUAGGUGGUGUUGUAGAUGGAGGAGUAGGUGGUGGGGCAGGGGGAGGUUUAGGUGGUGGCCUAGGAGGCGGAUUAGGUGGUGGUGUAGCGGGAGCAUUAGGUGGAAAUCUAGAUGGUGCAUUAGGUGUUGGGCUAGGAGGAGGAUUAGGUGGUGGCUUAGGUGCAGGGUUGGCUGGUGGUUUAGGGGGUGGGUUAGGAGUUGCAUUAGGUGGCGGAGCAGGAGGUGGUGCUGGUGGUGGAGCAGGAGGUGGUGCUGGUGGAGGAGUAGGUGGUGGGGCAGGGGGAGGUUUAGGAGGUGGUCUAGGAGCAGGGUUAGGAGGUGGUGUAGCAGGAGGGCUAGGAGGUGGUCUAGCAGGAUCCUUAGGAGGUGUUGUAGGAGGAGGUUUAGGGGGUGGAUUAGGAGGAGGUUUAGGGGGUGAUAUAGCGGGAGCUUUAGGCGGUGCAGUUGCAGGAGGUUUAGGUGGUGGUGCAGGAGGCGGUGUGGGUGGGGCAAUAGCAAGUGGUGAAAGCAUAAUUGGAAGUUUAGCUAAUGAGGGCUUAGAAGAAGCUGGUAUAAGGAGCGCUCGUAAUUCGAAUAAUAGUUUAAGUCAUUCUCAAGCAACUUCAACGAGUACCGAAGCACAAGCUAUUACAACCAAAUCCCAAACUUCAGUUACUUCUAUCGGUAAUAUAGAUGAUAUUUCUGUAAGUAAAGAAAAUUUACCCCUACCUGAACAGGUAAUGAAAUCGUUAGAUUCUACUGGCAAUACAACAAAUGUCACUAACAUUAGUGGCACUGACGAUAUGCCGGAGGAAGACCCUCAGAAAUAG